UUCAUAGCAUAGCACUACCGGUUAUUUGUAAUGGAAAGAUUUGCUAUCUCUCGAGACGACUGAUGACGUAUUUCGUCGCGUGUCUUUUUACGAUGAAUUGACGUCAUUGUUUAAAAGGUUUUCUUUGUAGUUUCUGUGUAUCAUUUCUUAUAUUUAAUUCAUGGGAAGUUAGGUGGAAUAACUGGAAUUUAAGAACGUAUUAGCUUUUAAAUGUAUUGACAAUAAUUAGUAUUGACUGAUUGGCUGAGCGAAAUCACGUGGUCAACUGCCGCUUAGUAAGGUGUGUAGAUGAAUUUAUCCCAGAUUCAGAGUCUCAGACUGGCAGCUGUACUGGAGGAGUGCUCAGACCAGUUGGACAUACUGGAACAUGCUCUGACGAUCCAUAUCCACAGGGAGUGCAGUACUGAACAACGACGGGCCAGGGUAAAAAAGGUGAAACGAGACUGUCACUAUAUCUCACAGCAGGUGUCCAAGUUACAAGGUGAGCUGGAAGAGAAACAGAGCUUUGCUUGUCUGCUGCAGGUGGUUCAUGGACAGGACCAGGAAAAGAAUGCUGAGAGCAGCAAAAGAGAAGCAAAGAAGGAGAUGGAGAAGAGGAGGCGGCUGCUACCAAAGCAACAAGCGGAGCUCCAAGAGAAAGCAAAUCAACUGAAGGAACUGCAAACAUUAUACGAGGAUAUUAAAGAGCGUCUGCAUCAACUAAAUGAGUCAAAUGCUGAAAGGAAAUGUCUUGAGGAGAGAAACAUUGAGCAGCAGCUCCAGAGAACUCAAAAUGAGAUGAGGGAAGCUGAGAAGCGACUUGAAGACCAAGUAGUGGUGCUGAAUGAUCAGUUGAAGCUGCAGGAGAGAAUUCAUGGGGAGUCAAAUAUAUUCCUGAAAAAACAACAUCAGGAGUUGCAGGAGCAGCUGCGACACUGGCAGGAGUGCACGGAGCAGAACAUGCAGGAGAAGGAGCACAACCUCACCAGCAUGCGUUACAGAAGAGCAACAAACUUGGAGAAACUUACUGCCAUGCAGAAGAAGUACAGCGAGAUGGAAGAGGUGGUAAAAGAAGACUGGGAGGAGCAGGAGAGAAUUCGCCAGCGGGAGCGUGAGAUUGCAGCUUCUAUCAAGUUGCAGUCUUGGUGGAGAGGUUGCAUGGUCCGCAAAGGAUUUGGCAUCUAUAGGAAAGUCGAAGAAAAGAAAGGGAAGAAGAAGAAGAAGGAAGGAAAGAAGAAGAAGAAGAAAUGAGUCUUAACGAGCCAUGUGUAUGGAUUUAUUAGAUGGUUCUGGCUCGGGGAGAAUUACAUAUUUUAUACUAAACCUCUUAAAGCUCAAAGUCUAAACUUAUUCUAUUUCAAAUCUAUUUUAGUAUGUAUAAUCGAAUAAUCGAACCCUCGACAUAGAAAUACCUCUGGACCUCAUGUAAUAGUAAUGUAACCAAAGCAUUCAUUCAUUCGUUUUCUACUGCUUAUCUGCACAAGGGUUGCAGGAGGUGCUGGAGCCUAUCCCAGCUGUCUUGGGGCGAGAGGCGGGGUACACCCUGGACUGGUCGCCAGCCAAUCACAGGGCACAUAUAGACAAACAACCAUUCACACUCACAUUCAUAAAUCAAAUUAAUACAAUUUGGAGUCACCAAUUAACCGAUAAGCAUGUUUUUAGAAUGUGGGAGACCCGGAGAAAACCCACGGGGAGAACAUGCAAACUCCACACAGAGUUGGCCGAUGAUGGAAUUGAACACGGGUCUCCUAGCUGUGAGGCCCUGUAACCAAAGCAAUUUACUUUAUAUUGUUUUUUGUGUUAAUUGUCUUUCCCUGGUGAAGACACAACCAUAGCUAUGUACAGUGACCCCCCCCCCCCCCCCCCCCCAGAAGUCUGACCCCCAAAAUGAAAAAAACUAUUUCUCGAAGGUCGCACAAAAACAUGGACACAAUACUUCACCUCUGUAAGCAUGCAUACAUGCUGUAAGUGUAAAUGGCUAUUCAUCCUACAUUGGAAUGUUAUCACCAGUCUAGUACAAGCACAAAUUUAUGAUUAUUGAUUAAUGAUUAUUAAUCUUUAAUGCACAUGUAUCAUCUAGUACUUAGCAUCAUUGUAGAAAUCCCCUAAAUUGAACCCUAAAAUAAAAAUA